UUUCUUAUAAUGGUUAAAGCUAUGGCUUCCCAUAACUAUGGAGAUGCCUUAACCAAAAGCCUAUUGUUCUUUGAAGGUCAGAGGUCUGGGAAAUUGCCCCCUAAUCAAAGGGUCACUUGGAGGAAGGAUUCAGCUCUUCGUGAUGGCCUUGAAUUUGGGGUUGACUUGGUCGGUGGCUACUACGACGCGGGCGACAACGUGAAGUUCAACUUCCCGAUGGCGUUCACCACCACCAUGCUUUCAUGGAGCGUUUUGGAGUUCGGAAAAGACAUGGGUCCCGACCUUCCCUACGCCAUCGACUCGAUCCGAUGGGCCACUGACUACUUACUCAAGGCCACAAGUGUGCCAGGCUUUGUCUUCGCUCAAGUUGGCGACCCUUACGCCGAUCAUGUCUGCUGGGAACGUCCCGAAGAUAUGGAUACACCGAGAACCCCUUACGCCGUUAGCAAGAAGUUCCCCGGCUCCGAGGUCUCCGCCGAGAUUGCCGCUGCUCUCGCUGCCUCCUCCAUCGUAUUCAAGUCUCUCGAUAGAGGCUACUCUGCUCGACUUCUUAAAAGAGCUCGAAUGGUUUUCGAGUUUGCAGAUACUUAUCGAGGGUCUUACAACGAGAGCGUCGGGGCAUGGGUUUGCCCAUUUUAUUGCAGCUAUAGUGGCUAUGAGGAUGAACUCAUAUGGGGAGCUGCAUGGUUGUUCAAGGCAACAAAGGCUGCAAAUUACUGGAAUUAUAUCACUAAAAAUGGUAUUCAAUCUUACUCUGAUGGUAGCUUUGCUGAGUUUGGUUGGGACACCAAACAUGCAGGGAUUAAUGUCCUUAUUUCCAAGUUUGUGAUGAGCGGAAAUAAUUAUUCCAAUUUUAUUAAUUAUGCUGAUAAGUUCGUAUGCUCAGUUCUGCCUGAAUCCCCCUCUGUAUCAGUCUCUUACUCACCAGGUGGGCUUCUAUUCAAACCCGGAGGAAGUAAUAUGCAACAUUCAACAGCCUUAUCUUUUCUUCUUCUUCUUUAUUCUCGUUACUUGAAUCAAUCCAAACGCCUCCUUUACUGUGGAAACGUUGUUGCCUCUUCGUCUCGCCUCGUUCAAGUUGCCAAGGGUCAGGUGGAUUAUAUACUAGGAAGCAACCCAUUGGGCAUGUCAUAUAUGGUGGGAUAUGGCAGCAAGUUCCCACAAAGGAUCCACCACCGUGGCUCGUCGUUGCCAUCCAUGGCGGACCAUCCACAGCGCAUUGCAUGCUCAAACGGGCAUCCAUAUUUUGAGAGCAACAAUCCAAACCCUAAUUUGCUGAUCGGAGCUGUCGUCGGAGGGCCUGAUAACAAAGAUUCUUAUGCAGAUUCUCGAGUUGAUUUUGUGCAUUCAGAGCCAACUACUUAUAUCAAUGCUCCUCUUGUUGGCCUCUUGGCUUACUUAGCGCACACGUUUGGGCGUUCAAGGUGCAUAUUCUUCAGCAGGCGAUUAACCAACUUUAGCGGGUCGGGGCUUCCCGAUCCGACUCUAGAGGCAGCCUACCGGGAGACCCUGAUCGAGGCAUGUCCUGCAGGCGGCGACAACAACCGGAUCGACCUGGAUCCGACGACUCCAGACGAAUUCGACAAGAACUAUUUCACGAAUCUCCAAGCCAACCGGGGGCUUCUCACCAGCGACCAGGUGCUGUUCUCCACCGACGGCGCCGACACCAUCGAGAUUGUGAACCGGUUUGCGGCCAGCCAAGAAGCGUUCUUUGAUGGGUUUGGAGCGUCCAUGAUCAAGAUGGGGAAUAUUCGGCCGUUGACUGGAACUGAUGGGGAGAUUCGUUUGACUUGUACUCGGGUCAAUCCUUUGCCGGCUGUGGCAGAUAUGUAAGUUUCUUUACUUUUUUGUGUGUUUUGUUUUGUUUUGUUUUGUUUGUUUGGGGAUUUUAAUGAAAUAAUUGGUGUUGUUUUGUUAAUGUGUGAGAGUGUCUUCUCACCUCGUGUUUAUUGUAACUAAUAAUAUGAUAUGGGUCUUGUGAAUCCUUUUCUUUUCAUUUUAA